AUUCAUUAAAAAUACGUGUUGCCACUUUAUGAAAAAUAUCAGUUUUGAUGCUAAAAAUGUAUACGAGUACCAGCUCAUUUAAGAAUAAAUACAAAUACAUUAAUAUUUCAUUGCCAUAACUUCAUAUUCUACUUUCUAUUAUAAUUUUCAAGUUGAAUUCAGUUUCAAAACUAUAUAACAUCUCUAAUAUAAAGUGUAUAAAACCAAAAAUGACAAUUAUUUUUUUAGAUAUGGCAACUUUGAAGCUUUGAACAUUAUCCUUGUCUUGGUCGAUAGAUAUUGAAACAUUAAAAUUUUUCAUUUAUAUGACGUUGUCUGAUUGAUUUAUAUUUAAAAUGGAUUCAGAAGAGGAAACCUACGAUGAUGUUGAUUCAGGCAAUGAGUCGAGUGGAGAUGAUGUUGAUUUUGCUAUGGAAGUCGAAGUAACUGGGCAUAGAGAAAUGCAAACAGAUUCAGAUGAUUACCCUUUUGAAGUACUAAGUACCGAGGAAAUAGUUCAACACAUGGUAGACUCAAUAAAGGAUGUAAAUUCUGUAGUGGAGAUACCUGCAACUACAACACGUAUUCUUUUAAAUCAUUUUCGAUGGGACAAAGAAAAACUUAUGGAAAGGUUCUAUGAUGGAGAUCAAGAUCAAUUAUUUUCAGAAGCUAGGGUCAUUAAUCCUUUUAAGGAUUUGAAUAUUAGUUAUAGGGCAAAGCCACAAAAGAAAUCUAAUAAUGGUACAGAAGACUGUGAAAUAUGUUAUACUGUCCUCCCCUCAUCACAUAUGACAGGGCUAGAAUGCGGCCAUAGGUUUUGCAUUCAUUGUUGGUGUGAAUAUUUAACGACAAAGAUAAUGGAGGAAGGUGUGGGUCAAACAAUUGCCUGUGCGGCUCAUGGUUGUGACAUUUUAGUUGAUGAUGCUAGUGUUAUGCGAUUAGUUAGAGACUCUAAAGUUAGGCUAAAAUAUCAACAUCUUAUAACAAAUAGUUUUGUUGAGUGCAAUCGCUUACUGAGAUGGUGUCCUUCGCCAGACUGUAGUAAUGCAAUUAAAGUUCAGUACGUGGAGUCUCACAAAGUAACAUGUAAAUGUAGCCAUACAUUCUGCUUUGCGUGUGGGGAAAACUGGCAUGAUCCUGUUAAAUGCCACCUGUUAAAGAAAUGGAUAAAAAAAUGUGACGACGAUUCGGAAACUAGUAAUUGGAUAGCUGCUAACACCAAAGAAUGCCCUAGGUGUAAUGUUACAAUAGAAAAAGAUGGAGGGUGUAAUCAUAUGGUUUGCAAAAAUCAAAACUGCAAAGCAGACUUUUGUUGGGUAUGUUUAGGUCCAUGGGAGCCUCAUGGUAGUUCUUGGUAUAAUUGUAAUAGGUAUGACGAAGAUGAAGCUAAAGCAGCAAGAGAUGCGCAGGAAAAAUCUAGAUCAGCUCUUCAACGCUACCUAUUUUAUUGCAACAGAUAUAUGAAUCAUAUGGCUUCAUUGAAGUUUGAACACAAACUGUAUGCAUCCGUUAAAGAAAAAAUGGAAGAAAUGCAACAACAUAAUAUGAGUUGGAUAGAGGUGCAAUUCUUGAAAAAAGCUGUAGAUAUAUUGUGUCAGUGUAGACAAACAUUGAUGUAUACUUAUGUGUUUGCUUAUUAUUUGCAAAAGAAUAACCAGUCUGUGAUUUUUGAAGAUAACCAAAAAGACCUCGAGAGUGCUACCGAGACGUUGUCGGAGUAUUUGGAGAGGGAAAUUACGUCUGAAAAUCUUGCCGAUAUUAAACAAAAAGUUCAAGACAAAUACAGGUAUUGCGAUAGUCGUAGAAAAGUUUUAUUAGAACAUGUUCACGAAGGCUACGAAAAAGAGUGGUGGGACUACAAUGAAUAAAAAUGUACAGAGCAUCCGUUCCUCCGUAACUAGUAUUUUAGUAUUGAUAGAUCUUAAUACUUAGUUACCUCACAGAACAGAAGAAGAAUCGUGGAAUUUUAUUUUACAGUGUGUUAUUAGUUUUAUAUUAAUUCUCAGUUUUUUAUUUAUUAUUUUAAAUUCUUCUUUUUGAAUAUUUACUUUUGGGAACAUUAAAUAUACCUCAGUAGUAAUCCAUAUUUUGGAACAUAACUGAAUCAUAUUUUUCUUUAUAUUUUUUGGCUUGUUUGACACUUUAUACUUUUCACUGACAGUGUAAAUAAUUUAUAUGUAUAUUUGUACAUAAUUGAAAAUCUAUUUUUAUUUUAAACGGGUAAUUUUAGCAACCAUGUUUUUGGAUUCAUUAAAAAUCAUUCAAUUUUUAACCUUCAACAUGGUUUUUAAAAUUUCUUGGAAGAGUGGAAAAAUGGAAAGUAUUGAAUUUGUAUAUAUCAAAUUCUAUCAUGGUUUUGAAUGAAACUUUAUUUAUAGACACAAUGUAAUUAUUGCUUUAAAUUUAGAUAAAUUAUAAAACUGAUUUUCACAAUUAAAUUUUCAAAGAAACAAAGGAAAAGUUGGUCGUAAUUAUCAAUUGAAAUGUCUAUAUUUUAUUAUUACUGUGUUUAUACUAUUUUUUUUUAAAUUUAUUAUUCAUACAAUCUACUGUAUUGUUUUGGUUAUAUUGUUAAAAAUGGAAAUUUUCUAAUAUAACAAAGUUGAAUUUUAUAUACUUUUUACAUACCAAAAUACUUAUAUUAUCUAAUAACUAAGUGAAAUAUGAUUUCAAUGUAUCAAAUUUUCUAUUUGAACCUUGAAAGUUUCACUUAUUCAUCAUUAUUCAACAGUCCUUAUAAAGAUUAAAGAAUAGUUUCUUCUGCUUUUAAUCCUUCUGUAAACUAUAUUUUUUUCUUUAUUUGAAAAACCUGCUUGAUUGUAAUUGUACUAGGAAUGCGCUCUCUCUCUGUCUCAUAGUUAUGUUAAUAGCAUCUAAUUUCGAGUGGUAUUGUGGGUUGAAGACUCAAAUUAAAACUGUAUUAAGAAUUUUUAAAAUGCUAACGUUUCGAUCUUUUAUUUGAUCUUUAUCAAGGCUAAGAAUAUAUGGUACAUUACAACUGAAACGUUGAGGAAGAUAAACAAGUAGUAAAAAUUUUGAAAUUAGAAGUAAAAUCAGUUUACUGUAACAGUAUAAAACUCUAUAUAUGUAUAUAUAAGCGAAUAGAACACACUGUAUGUGAGACAAAAAUUUAGACAAACCAUAUAACAUAAAUCCGUCUAGUGGUCACAUACGGAUUCGAGAAAUAUAACGACAACUGAGCAGAUUUUGACUGCAGGGAACACGAAAGAUUUUUGGCCCUGUUUCGACAAGUAAAAAUUAGUUUUAACGGAAGAGGUUUGUGAAACCUAGUUUUACCUAGUCAAAAUUAGAAUAAACUGAAAACAAGUUUUAACUGUAACAUUAUACCAUUUUGUUAUUACGUUCUUGUUAAUUUUAUAUAUUGUGACAUCCAGAAACUUGAUUUUAUUAUUGUAUUCGAUUUCGAUUGUGAAUUGAAGUUUUCUAUGAUAAUCAAAUUUUUUAUUUAUGUUUUCAAUUUGAUUCUUUGAUACGGUAGGAAAAAGAAAUAAAGAAAAUAAAUAAAAAGAAAGAAAUGGCGAAAUAAAAAGUUGCUCUUCCCAAGAUCUAAUUAGAUUAUUUUUUUUUUUUUUGAUAAGAAUUGAUUGGAUCUAGUUUAAUUUUUUUUUGUAAAUUGCCUUAACGUUUAAUAAUUUCAUCAUUUUAUUAUUAUGAAUCUUCUGAUUCCAUAAUAAUCGUUUUAUUAGAUUAACCUGCUCUCAAAUUUUGUGAUUUCUUUUUUGAUUGAUAAAUUCUUUGGUUAAACUUAUAUUUUUAGGUUUGAUAUUGGUCUGUUGUUUUUUGUUUUCCAAUUUAUUUUUAAAAUUAGUGAUAAUAUUAUGAUGAUAAUAAACUAAGGCAAAAUUAAUUUUUCUUGCAUCCAUCCAUAUGUGACUAUGGGACGGAUUUGUAUCAUAUGAAGCGUGUCCUAUCCAUUUAUAUAUACAUAUAAAGAUUUUUAUAUUGUUAAACUAAACUUAUCUGAUUAUUGUUUUACUUAUAUAUUCACAAUCUUUUGUUUACUUGUUUAUCUUCAUCAACGUUUGAGUUAUAUUGUACCAUAUAAUUUUAGAUUUGAUAAAGAUCGAAACUUUGGCAUUUUAAUAAAACGUUUUAUUUUGAGUCCUCAACCCACAGCACCAUUCGAAAUUCACAUUUAUAGGAAGGACAAUAAUAUCAAGUUAACACUACCUGCAAAUACUUCUGUGUCUGAAAUGAUUAUUUUUCUAAACCAAAUAAUAUCAAUUAUUGGACAAAUUUGAAUGAAUAUGAUGUAAACAGUUGGAAAAAUAUGAUUCGUUAAUUUGGUUGUUUAUUCAUAAUUUUGAGGACUGUUUUUUGGAUCAUAUUCUUGAGAUGAGAAUAAAAAGAAAAAAAAAUAAAUAUAAUAUUCAAAUAUUUGACAAAUAGUUUCAGAUUAAAUCCGAAUUAUGAAUGGUUUUAGCUCCAAAAACUGAAAAAAUAAAUUAUCUUCAUGAGUGCCCUGUAUAUUUAUAGAUCUUACAUUUGUGUGUAGUUUACCAUGCUUAGUAAAGUUAAAUAAUGCGAACACUGUAAACUUUGGCAUACGCAAUAUUCCACUUGAUUGUACAUAUGUGUUCAUAUUGAAAAUACAAUAAAUAUUUAAAUUAU